GAAUUCUUAUCUCGCAUCGUGUUCAGAAACAUUUUAUGCUACGUUCAAGAUCGAUUUUUACAGAACGUGUUGAACAGGUCAAUGUUGUUUCGCACAAUCCGGCGAGUUUGGCGAAGUUUUAACAAAUUUUAUUCAAUCAAAUAGUGAUGAUAUCGAAAGUGUUGUGAGCACCUUGUUUUCACCAAUCAUCUAGAAGACAACGAGAAAUCACAUCGAAAGAUGUCAGCGAUGGGAGUUCUGGCGAUACUUCUGGACCUGCUGAUAACAGGCUGCUUAAGCACCUCGUUAAUCGCAGACUCGACAAUCUGCGACGAGGGUCACUUCAAAUGCAAUGGAAGCGCGAUGUGCGUCCCUCAACGGCAAAAUUGCGAUGCUAAGUUCGACUGUCCAGAUGGAUCGGACGAGUGGAACUGCGUCGAUUUGCCUGGGGCGAGAUUUUGGGACCAUCUAUUUCGGAAACGACCAGCCGCAGAACGAGACGAAAAUGGCCGCGCUGAUUGCGCUUGGAGGCGAUUCACGUCAAUCUGUGUCUGCAAAGGCAACGAUAUUCUCUGCCAGUAUAAAAACCUCUCAGGAGUCCCCGUGCUUCCUUUUCGUAACGUGAUGCUUCUAGAUCUUUCCGGAAAUUCAUUUACAACGCUGAACGAGUUUAAUCUCGGACGACUUCCAGAGGUGACUACGUUGGUGCUCAGACACUGCGCCAUAAAACGGAUCGCUAAAACUACAUUCGACCAUCUUACUUCUACCAGCACACUAUACUUGGAUCACAACGAAAUUACUGAACUCGAGGAAGAACUUUUUCCGCCUAAAAACGAACUGGAAAUAUUGGUGCUCAGCAGCAACAGACUGACAUCAUUGGGAGAAAAGGUUUUCACGAACCUCGGAAAACUUCGCGAAUUGGACUUGCGAUUAAAUUUGUUGACGGAAGUGAGAGAUGAUACCCUUAAACCCUUGGUCAACCUUCAAAUCCUAUAUUUGAAUGGAAACCGAUUAACCAACAUAGCUCGAACCUUCCCUUAUCUAAAGAAUAUUGAGACGUUAUCUCUGGCCGACAAUCAACUCCGGGAUAUCCCGAUAGACGCCUUCGCCAAUCUACCCAGUUUACUGUACCUGUUUUUAUCUGGAAAUCGAUUGGUCAAACUUCGGGCAGGCAGCUUCAACAAUCUGGACCAAUUACUCGCGCUAAAUUUGAACGAGAAUGCUAUCGAGGAAAUUGAGAUUGAAGCGUUCUCUCCCUUGGGCAACUUGACUUCACUGUACCUUAAAGGAAACAAACUUCGAAAGCCAAGGGAAACGGUACUGAAGUGGCUUGGAAGGCUGGAAUAUGUGUACUUUGACGAGUUUGCAAUGUGUCAAGCCGCCCAAUGGGUCCGAGUCUGUGAACCAAAAGGUGAUGGAAUUUCGUCUCUGCAGCAUCUACUGGAUAAUCCGAUUCUACGAGCUAGCGUCUGGAUGAUGGCGAUCUGCGCUUGCACUGGAAAUAUCCUGGUACUUUUAGGCCGCCUCCUGGCCAGGGAAAGCAACGCGGUCCAUAGUUUGUACAUCAGAAAUUUGGCCCUAUCCGAUCUGUUAAUGGGACUCUACUUAAUCCUAAUCGCUGCAGCCGAUAUAAUGUACAGAGGCUGUUACAUCGAUCAUGAAGAAGCCUGGAGACACAGUUUCAGAUGCAACCUUUGCGGAUUUCUCAGCACCCUCAGCUGCGAAAGUUCUGCUUUAAUCUUGUCUCUGGUGACUUGGGACCGGUUCGUGUCAGUGACACAGCCACUGGCCAGAAGACAGCCAUCGCCAAGGCGAGCGACACUUCACUUGAUCAUCCUUUGGUUGGCCUCGGGUAUCGUGGCCGCGCUACCAUUGACAGGGGCUCCAUAUUUUGGGGAUGAAUUUUACGGAAGUAACGGCGUCUGCCUCAGUCUCCACAUCCACGAUCCAUUUGCCAAGGGCUGGGAGUACAGCGCGGUGAUGUUUAUCCUGGUGAACACAGUCGCCCUGGUCUUCAUUAUUUACGCGUACGUUCGGAUGCUGAGGGAGAUAAAAAUCAGCAGCGUCGCACUUCGCUCCACCCAGGAAAGUCAGGAGCGUGCGGUUGCCCAGCGUUUCGGGGUGAUAGUGGCGACCGAUUGCCUCUGUUGGGUGCCCAUUAUCGCCGUGAAAUUGGUCGCCCUGACUGGACUGCACGUGGACGAGGCCCUCUACGCUUGGUUGGCAGUGCUUGUUUUGCCCAUCAAUUCAGCCCUGAACCCAGUGCUCUACACCCUCACAACCAGCAUGUUCAAACGACAGGUGUCUGGAGUACUCGCGACGGUAAGGGCUCGCGUCUACCGGGAAAGUCAUCGUCGUCGGCGUCGCUCCACCUUCCGGAACGGACACAGCGAAAGCGCCCUGUCCUACAGCCUCGGCGUUCUUCCCCAUCGACACAGGUCUUCGUCUGCUCGAGCCUUGUACUCGGCAGACAACAAACGGCGGCUGGUGCGGAACAGGUACAACGGAAGCACCUGCAGCAAGCUUGGAAGUAUACGAUCCAUUUCUUCGCUGAGCCUGUCAUCGACGAGAGCAUCCGACAGACCCAGAAACUCCCAAUCACGCCGACUCGAGGAAAGCACACCCUUCAUAGCUUCCAGGCUGGAGAGAGAUCGAUCAGUUCAAGUGGUAGUCACCUCGCCGGUGGGUAAUCUGACCCCUAACGAGUUACGCGACGACGUGGGUGACGUCUGAGACUACUCGCAAGUAUUCCAAUUGUAAAUAUGAUUUUAUACUUUACCUAGGAAUAUGGUUCUGAUAUUGAAUCCUUGAAUUAUGAAAUGAUAAUUUUGUAUUUACUGCAACAUCGACUAUAAUUCUACUGCGGAGAUGACGUAAGAUUUGGUGUUUGUGAUUAUAAUUGUUUUUACGCGUAAGUUCAGUGUUACGAUCUUUCAUAUUGAAUAGACUAAAUAAUUACUUGUAACAAUAUUGGUGGGUCUAAUCUUUUCAAUCUUCGUAUAGAGUGAUGAAUAGAAUACAUAUUUUAUAAUUAGUAUUGAUAUCUAGUUGCUGAUGAUUCUAUGGAAGAAAAAAAAAUCCAGCACACAGAGUAAUUGCUGUCUCUGUUAGUACACGUAAAACAAUGACCAGAAAAUAGUAAUUGUUAAGAAGAGACGUUAUUUUUUAAUAAUUAAUUAUAAGUAAUAGAAACAAGGAUAAACGAAAAAUGGUGGAAAAGCAUACUUAAGCUUAUAUUCUAUAAAUAUAUACAUUGACAUAUAUAAUAUGUCAACCUGCUUACGGUUA